AGAGACGGGGAUUCGUCCUAUUGUCAAUCUCGGAAAACGCACUAUGGGAAGCUCUAUCAACGAGAUUCUGAGAGCAGCAUUUCAAAUUCUAACUUAUGAGAAGUCUUACUGGAGCCGCCGUCUUCGGGCAUUCAGAAUUAUAUACUAAGCUCAAAGGCUUUCGGGCAAAGCUGAAACAAAGUUAUGCAUCAAUGCCUAGACUUUACUUUGUGAAGGUUGAUGUCCAGGCAUGUUUUGACUCAAUCGACCAGGAUAAGCUCCUCAGCAUUCUCGAUUUGAUCUUGUCAAAUAAAUUGUACAGGAUCAACAAGUUUCAGCAGGUCACUCAUUACUACGGGAAAGUUAAGACUACUCGUGUCCAGACGGUAGUAGCAGACGAUGAAGAAUUCCACUUCGUUCAUGCUGCAACUAAGAUGGCGUCUGCUUUGCGGCACACUAUUUUCGUUGAUGAGCUUCAAAGGCUCAAUACGAUGAGAGGAAUGCAAAGGAUAUAUUGAAAUUGCUUAGGGAACACAUAAAAGACCAUGUUGUCAGGCUUAAACAGGGGUUCUUUCAACAAAAAGUGGGGAUCCCCCAAGGCUCGAUCCUCUCCAGUAUUCUGUGCUCCUUUUUUUAUGGGGAUCUUGAGAGGAAGCACCCUGAUCUUAGUUUUAAUGAAGAUUCCGAAAC